AACAACAACAACAACAACAACAACAACUCAAGCAAGCAAGAUAGGCACAGUGCGCACUCCGCCACAUCGUACGACGCCAGGGCAAGGCCUCUUUCCACGGGUAGUGUGGUUGUGCUGGCCGCUUUGUGAUAAUCGGGCCAGCAGCACGGUGCCAGACACAUCCACAUCCACACUUUCAUCCAGCCUGCCAGACACGAGACGCUAUCAAGGAACCCCGGGAAGGGCGCACGCCGUCUUCGCCUUCUUGGCGACCAUUUCUUCUGGAUUGCUUCUCAUCUACAGCCGGUCAUCUACGACCACCCAUCCUUGCACCAUCAACGCGACACGUAUCGGAUUUCACCGCAGGCAGGCAGGCAGGCAGGCAGGCAGGCACACACCCAUCUGCCCAACCAACUCGUCAACCAAUCACCAUCAGCACUCGGGCCCCGCAGACCCAGAUACACACGCAUCCCACAUUUCAUGUGCUCUACUAACAAGAGCUACUUGUUAGGAAAGCUGUAGGUCACUUGGUAGACUGUGGCGCCCCCGGUGUCCAUCCUUCACCGCCCCACAACAACAACAACAACAGCUACUACGACACCAUAGCCUCGCCAUGAGCGUCCUUCGCCUGGCAGCACAAAUCAAACGCCGCAUCGCUACGGCUCAGGAAGGCGAGUGCUCCAUACCUUCGCCCAUGUCCACAAAGGAAGCAACAGCAGCACGGCCCGCGCCUGUGUCAUUUUCCACCGCCGCACCACCGCCGCAAGCGCCAGCCAAGUCCUUCAAGUCAGCAGGAGGCACCGGUGAUCGAGACAGCAUGGAGGCUGCCGCGCAAAUCGGCGCCAUUACCACAACAUCAGCGCCAAUACGGGCUUCGGCACACACCAUGGCUGCAUCAGGCACGCCUUUGCCAAACGGGGAAAUUGGGACGCACCCUCGGCCCUUAAACCCAAGCGCCACCGCAACACCGCAGCCACGCACCCCAGUUUCCGACGACCACAACCCACAACACCAGCCGCCAUGCCAGCAAUCAAGUGCAUCCAAGGCAAGCUGUUGUCCUUCAAGCUCGCCUGCACCCGGCGCAGCUCUCGCGCAGCCAGCGGGACGGCUUGCCCUUUCCCACAGCAACAGCGACGAGGCCAUUUUGUGCAACAGCGACAUGGACACGGCCGGCACCACAACACCCGCUGACGCCACCGACCCUUCAACCACAAAGUUCACCACCACCACCACCACCACCACCACUGCCAUGGCUAACCCGUCCACAGGAGCCGACGCAGCGACGCCCGCGUGCCAUCCGCACACCCGCCGCCGCCACCACCGCCACCGUCAUCACCACCACCGGAGCCGCCACCUGCAUCGGCCACCGGCAUCAUCCCCUCUCCCACCGCCGCUCCGGCGCGACGCAACAGCGACCGCUGAUGCCACCACGUCAGUGCCACCGCCAGCACCACCGCAGGAGGGGGCGCAGGGUGACGCCAGCGGCCCGGCGCGGAAGACAGAUGCCUGCACCGACGCCGAGGCAGAGACGGACACAAUGACAGAGGGAGAGGACCGCGAGUCUGACAUGGACCAGUGCAUGGACACUAGCAGCUCGAAGCAGGGGGAACAGAAGCAAGGGGAGAUGAAUGAUGAUGAGAAAGAAGAAGAGUGCACGAGUGAGUGGGCGCGCCACAUUUCUGGCCGAGGGCCGAACGCUGGUUGCUCGUCGAGCCCGUCGUUGUUCUGGAGCAGAUACGAGCUGAACCGCAUCCAGGCAGAGGCCGUGGCGCAGGCGGUGGAGGCCGGGUUUACGAGUGGCAAGCAGCCGCUGUGGGACUUUAUCCGCCUCAACAGCAUGGACAUGCAGGCCGUCAUCAACACGGAGAAGAACAGGUUCAUCUGCUUGAACGGUGGCAGUAGCAGCAGCACGAACAGCAACGACGACAGCAACAGCCGUUUCGGCGACUGUGCUGACAAGGGCGCACAGCUGGAGCAAGCCGGUGGCAGCGGCAGCACCAUCACACCCAACGGCGACAACGACAACAGUAGCACCACCAGCCACAGCAACAGCCACCACACUAACACCAUCCACCACAAUUCUAGCAACAGCUACAGCAACAGCGACAGCAGGAAGAACAACAGCAGCGAGAGCAACCACAGCAACCACGGGAGCCGGCCUUCGAGCGCAAGUCGCCGGCAGCGCGCGCGGGCCACAUCCUCUGCUGCAAAGCACCAAGGCAUGAUGGCCGUGUACCAGGGGUGCAUGCUGCCCGAUGGCACACCCCACGCCAUCGCACGUGUGCGGCCGGGAAUCACCACCAUCACCACCAUGCCAUAUGGCUGCACCUCGGCCCAACCAAACACACACCGCAGGGCAGAGCAGCCCGCGCCUGUCAUGGACGAAGGCGUGGAUGCGGCUGGCACGCCAGCCCGGCAAGCAGACAGCACAAAUUACAACUCCAGCCAAGCCGACAUGAAGGAACAGGGGGACGAGAAAUUGGAGGAGGAGGAGGUGGAGGAGGAGAAAGGUGACGAUGUGUUUGGCAGGAAGAGCGCUGAUGUCGAUGGCUAUGACGUUGAUGGUGAUGCUGAUGAUCCGUUUGGUGGUGAAGAUGACAGCGUCCACAACGCUGCUGCGCUAGAGGAGGAUGAUGAUGAGGUUUUUGGUGGUGAUGGUGGCUGUGGCGAUGAUGAAGACAUUGCAAAUGACGGUGAUGAUGAGGACGAAGACGUGUUUGGCGCUGAUGCGGAUGGCAGUUCACCCUGUGUUGAUGGCGUCGAUGUGUUUGGCGACGCUGAAGGCGAUGAUGCAGAUGAUGUUGUGAACAGUGAUGCGACCUGCGAUGCCGAGAGUGCGGCCAUGACGGCUUUGCACAGAAGCACCAUCGCCACCAGCGGCAGCUGUGGGAGCAGCUGUGCCUCGUCGCCAUCCAUCACGCUGGCGCGCCCGCUGUCUGCGUCGUUCCGCCGGCGCCGCUUGCGCUGUGCACGCUCGUCCGCGGACUGUGUCGACGCAAAGGCGUUGCAACAACAACAAGAACAACAGCAGCAACAGCAAACAAGGCAGCAGCAGGGAGGCCAGGGGCAGUGUCGCCACUGCGGCCGUGCCCGCGUCAGCGUCACUGGCAGUACUGGCAGCAGUCCCAGUGGUGGCGGCACGUGCAGGCGGUGUCGACGCGUGUGGUUCCACCCGGCUGUCAUUCAGCAGGCGCUACAGCAAGCAACGUGUCAGGACAUUGGCGAUUGCGUGCGUGCGGAGUCACUGCGGUCGCUGGAAGCCGAUCUGCUCGAGAGCCACCGGCGCAUGCGACUGCUGCAGCCGCGUGCUGUGGACUCCACCGCCUGAUGUGUGUGUGUGUGUAUGUGUAUGUAUGUGCAUGUGUAUGUGUGUGUGUGUGUGUGUGUGCGUG